AUGCCUGUCGCACUAGCACCAAAUCCCGAUCCUGUGUUUUACUUGAUCGGAGAUGAAGUAUCAACAGCACAGUCUGUAACUCUCGAUUCCAAAUGGAAGAUUGAAGAUGUUAAGCGCGCUGUGGGAGCCGUGUUUCACGUUGCUGCACCACUUGGCUUGACCUUCCACGGAGAAAACGAACAAGAAUUCUCGACAGUCGAGGAAAUCCUUGCUGCACCCUCAUCAAAAACUACUCCUAUUGGCCUUCGUGUUGAUGGACAGGCAGUCCAAAGCCCUCAAGGCCCCGAGGGCCUCCCACUCGUGGGCAGCUUCUAUGAGAUCUUCCCCGACCACCUGGGCAACCACUACCGACUCUUCCGCAAAUACGGUCAUGUUAUCAAGACCACCAACAUGGGCAAGACAACAUACUUGACUGAUAGCCCUGAAGUCGCAGCCGUCGCCCUGACCGAGUCGGUCUACAUGACCAAAAAGAUUAACGAGAGCCACCCUCUCUGGGGUGUCAAGGACAACACAGCAAUCUUUAUCGGAGAUACCGAGACUGAGAACUGGCGCUUGGCCCAUAAGUUCUUACCACCAGCAAUGGGUCCAAAGGCAGUGCGUCACUACACCCCGUUGAUGCAGGAGUGUGUGCGCAAGUCCUUCGCAGUCUUCGAUGAACUUGAUGCACGCGGCAAGUCCUGGAACGCCUACCAAUACAUGGUGAAGCUAGCUUCGCAGACCAUCGGAAAGUUCUCUUUGGGCACAGACUUUGAACACUUUACCGAUGUCGACGCCCCUUUGCACCCUAUUGUCACCAACAUCGCCAGUUUGUUGUCCCUUAACAAGAAGAUCACCUCCCGAGGUGAAUGGUACCGCCACCUUCCCUUUGGUGAUCCUGCCCGUCUCAAGCUUGUCCAGCGCACAAUCUACUCCCUCCUACAAGAGAAGAUUGACCUAGUCAAGGGCUCCGGUAUUGAUGGAAUGCCCAUGAAUCAAGCGGCAGUCGAAGCCUCCUGCGUAGUCGACUACCUACUCAACACCGUCGACGAAUCUGGCCAAAAGUUCCCCGAAGGUCUGAUUGUGGCGAACAUGCUCAUCGUCACCGGUGCCGGCUUCACAACGACCUCUGCUCUGAUGUCAUGGCUCCUUUAUUGCCUUGUCACGUACGAAGGUGCCCAAGACCGCCUGUACGAGGAGCUGUGUGAGCGUGGCGUCGCCAAUACCGACAAGCCCGUUGACUGGACACCUGAGUUUGCCCACAGCCUAACCUUCCUCGACUGCUUCGUCAAGGAGACCCAGCGCCUGCACAACGCCUCCUUCCAGCCUGGUCGCACGACGAAAACCGACGUCGUCCUGCCCGGUGGAUACCGUCUACCCCCUGACAGUGUUAUAGUCCCUAACUUGUACUCUAUCCACACAAAUCCAGAGGUCUGGCGCGAUCCUUUCCGCUUUGAUCCCGAUCGCUGGACUAGUGAAGAGACAAAGAACAAGCAUCGUUGCGCUUACAUUCCUUUCGCUACGGGCCCCCGUGGCUGUAUUGGAUUUAACUUUGCGCUGCUUGAGGUUAAGAUCUUGUUGUCGGAGCUUGUCUCACGCUAUGAGUUCACUCGUGAGGGUCUUGAGGCAGUCGAGUAUGAUCCUGAAUUCCAGUUGAUCCGGCCCUUGAACUUCUAUGUUCGCGCAAAGAAAAGAACUACUGCUGUAUAG